AUGGCAGCUUCAAACCCCCCAUUCGCUCUCCAGUCCCUACUGGAGAAGAUGUCCUCUCCAGAUUCGGACUAUCGCUUUAUGUCUUUAAACGACUUACUUUCCAUCUUGACUAGUCCUAACGGUAGCUUGGCUCAAGCCGAUACCGCUUUGGCCGGGAGAGUUAUCGACGGCGUUGUAAAAUCUCUCGAUGACGCAAACGGAGAGGUCCAGAAUCUGGCUGUCAAGUGUCUCGGACCACUAGUUCUCAAGAUUCGAGAUGCACAGAUCGCUCCUCUGAUUGAUCGUCUUACCACACUCUCUAUGUCAUCUUCCGAUCCCUCAAUUCCUUCUACAGCUCUCCGUACUAUAAUAUCCAGUCUUCCUCGUCCAGCAACAAACAACACCCUUCAGGCCGGCACUGGGUCGGCCCAAAAGCAAGAUCCAGUGCAGCAGACCAUUGUAGCCUCCGUUCACGCCGUUCAGAAGACUUUGCUCCCAAAGCUACUGAUCUUGCUUAAACCUGGCAAUGAAGUUGUCAAGGCUGGUGGCGCAACCCUCGAUAGUAUAGAUCUGCUCAUCGAGACCCUACGUUGCUUCGGUCCAAUCCUUACCGGUGCUGAAGUCGAGAGACUACAAGUUGCUGUUAUGAACCUCCUUGAAAGCGAUCGGACUACAGGGGUAGUCAAGAAAAGGGCUGUCAUUGCGUUGAGCUUACUUUGCUUGUACUCCCCGGAUGAGCUUUUGUCUAGUUUCAUAAAUCACCUCAUUGAGUCCUUCCGGGCACAAGAUAAGCACCGGAACCCUACUCGUCUUCGCCUGCUUGUUUCUGUAACUGGUGCCCUUGCUCGAGGCAUUCCGGCCCGGUUCGGGCCAUACCUGAAAAUUCUGUGUCCAUUCAUACUUUCGGUUGUGGACGGAAGAGACAUCCAGGACCGGGAACUUGGCGACGAGCCAGAGAUGGAAAUGGAUGAAGUUCGCGAAGCUGCCCUUGUGAGCUUGGAGAGCUUCCAGAGUUUCUGUACCAGCGAAAUGAUUAGGUUCACAGAUGAUGUACUGAAUGCUGGAAUGAUCUACCUAAAAUACGACCCUAACUAUGCCGAUCCUGGUGACGAGGAAGGUGAUGAGGAAAUGGGAGGCACUCAACAGGAGGGAGAAGACGAUGAGGAUGACGAGUUCGGCGGAAGCGAUGACGAAGGAGCGUUCGAAGACGACGGAGAUUUUUCGGACGAGGAUGAUAUCAGCUGGAAAGUCAGACGCUGUGCAGCGAAACUACUGUCAACUGUUAUAUCUACACGUGCAGCAGAUUUGAUUAAAGGAAAGGGGGAGGGAGGUGGAAAAGCUUAUACAGAUGUUGCACCACUGCUUGUCAAGCGAUUCCAUGAACGCGAAGAAAACGUGCGUUUGGAGGUUCUAGCAACCGCUACUGUUUUGGUGAGAAAGACUGGGGAGGUUGCUGAGGGGACCUUUGUUCCUUCUUCUGCUUCUGUGGCAGCAAAUGUUCCCGGUGAUAUGGCUAUGGGACCGCCCCCUAAAAUAAGACGGGGCUCUGACGCCUCAAUGCUUGAUGGUGCGAGUCAGUUACAAGUGCCAGUUCCCAGUGCGGAUGAAGCUGGUGUGAAGGAGAGUCUACAAGCACUCAUCCCUGAGCUCAGCAAAUCACUCAGCAAGCUGUUUAAGGCGAAGACCACAACGCUGCCAACUAAACAGGCAAGCAUUACCCUACUAUCAUCAAUUGUCUCGAUUCUCCAUGGCGGACUUGAUGGGGUCCUCGGGUUCUUCAUCGAACCGCUUGUGGAAGCCGUUAGGGGCGGGAGCACGCUGUCUUCUACAGGUAAUGUUGUUGCGGCCACUGCAGGAGCUGGAAGUGCUGCAACCGCUACUGGAUCUUCAUUAAGAGUUGAGGUUCUGAAGCUGGUUGGCAAGAUUUGCGAAAACCACUCGGCUACUGUGGUUGGAGAGUUUUUUGACUCACUCAUCCCUGCCAUAAUUGUAGCAGUCAAAGAAUCUGCAUACAAGAUCUCUUCUGAAGCUCUUGGCACAAUUGUCGCAAUUGUUAAACUCCUUACUACCCAAGGAGCACAGAGCUAUGCCCUAUACCUUCAAGGUCUGUAUGAUGUUGUUCUUGAGAAAGUUCAAAGCAGCGAGUCGGAUUUAGAGGUCAGGGAGAAAGCCAUUGUUGCUCUUGGGGUCGUACUGGCCCGGACCUCUGGCGAGGUAGAGCUUAUCGGGCAAGACCGAAGGACUAGAGCCUUAGAUCUGCUAGUGGAAAGAUUGAGAAACGAAACCACUCGCGUCACUGCAGUAAGAGCUAUUGAGGGUAUUGCAAGAAAUACCAAGACUGCAGAAGACGUCAACGAUGAAUGGGUCAAGAUUGUGGUUGUCGAGUGCGACGCUUUGAAGAGCAUUGCUGCAAAUGAAAUCUGUAGACGAAAGCUGGACUCUACGAGUAAGAAAGAGCUGAUUGAUGUUCUCACGCCUCUUUUGGUGGUCGGAGAUAUGCACCUACUUGCUCCAGCGCUCGCAAUCAUUAAGUUAAUGAUGCUUGAUGGUGGAGUUUUUGUGUCUCAAGGAAUAAUUGAUGGUAUCAGCGGAUUGGCCAAGAGUUCUCUUGGUUCCGGUCUUGUGGUGGAGAAAUUACUAUUGCUCAUCAAGACAAUUGGAGAGGUCGAUGAUGAAGGGAAGAAGAGAGUGAUGAACUCACUGCUGAGAGAUGUUGGUGUCAAUGGGGACACUGGAGUUGUCGCUAGGCUGGUAGCACAAUUACAUGUUAGUGGCGGGGGUAAGGAAGGGGGGUUUGCUGUUGGCGUUGGUGACUUUGUUGGUGAAGUUGAGAGCAGCUCUGAUGAUAAGAGGAAAUGCUUGGGUCUUAUGGUUCUUGGUGAAAUCGGAUUGAGGAUGGGAGCAUCAUUCCCAGUUGGUCCAGAGAUUUUCUUGAAUCAGUUCCAUGCAAAGAGUGAUGAUGUUCCGAUUGCUGCAGCAGUGGCUUUGGGACUAGCUGCUGCGGGCAAUGUCAGUGGAUACUUGCCUGUUAUCAUGCAGAGACUUGGUGGCGAUAAGGAUCAAUAUUUGCUCUUGCACUCGUUGAAAGAGAUCAUCCAACACUCAAAUGAUACUACCGCAGACAUCAAGCCCUAUGCCGAUCAAAUCUGGAAUGCCCUCUUUGCGAUCGCAAAGAACGAUGAUAGCAAGGCUGUCGGUGCUGAAUGUGUCGGAAGACUUACGAUCAUUGAUCCAUACAGCUUCUUGCCGGAGCUCCAGAAACAUCUCCAAUCACCGUUCCCUGCUAUACGUGGUAUGGUCAUUUCCGCGCUGAGGUACACUUUUACGGAUACUGAGGCCUCUUACGAUGACCUCUUGAGGCCGAUUGUCGUCGAAUUCUUGACUGUCAUGGUCGACGACAAGGAGAUGGAGAACAGAAGGCUAGCGCUGACAGCACUGAAUUCGGCCGCUCAUAACAAGCCCCAUCUUAUCAUGCCCCAUUUGGAGAGACUUCUGCCACUGGUGUAUAGGGAGAGUUUUAUCAAGCCAGAGCUGGUCAGAGAAGUGAUGAUGGGACCAUUCAAGCACAAGGUAGACGAUGGAUUGGAAGUUAGGAAGAGUGCUUACGAAACCCUCUACGCCCUCCUUGAAACCUCCUUUGCUGGUAUCGACGUUCGGACAUACUUUGACCGCGUCAUUGUUGGGCUCCAAGACGAACAUGACAUUCGUGCGCUCUGUAACCUCAUGUUGACCAAGCUAAUUCAUCUCGCCCGUGAAGAGACGCUGUGCAGAUUGGACAGCAUCUCUGAUUGCUUCCGAACAACCCUCUCGACAAAGCCAAAGGAAAAUGCGGUCAAGCAAGAGAUCGAGAAGCACCACGAGAGUAUCAGGAGCACUAUGAGAGCGACCUUGACGUUGAACGGCGAGUUUGGAGGCAGCGGUGGGCAGAAGAAGUGGGCGGCUUACUGGGAGUGGGCCAAGACGGCGUUUAUGGACGAACUGCAGGCGUUGGAGGCUGAGGAUAGAGACCUUUAG